GUUAUCCAACCAACAAUACACCACAGCAACUGGCCAAUUGAGUUGAAGAAAUUGGUCAUACAGAGUUCCCGUUGGCCCGAUCAAAGCUAUGCCGAGGUUCCACAAAAUGCAGAUCCUCAACUGAACACAAAACGAUUCAGUGGUAAUGUGCCACGCGCUCGUCGGGCCACAACGCACCCGGUCAAAGAGAACGAUUCCCUAGACAUUACUCGUCGUAUGGACAGUUUUUGUGGUGGAGUGUGUAUCACAGUAGAGGAUUUGUAUCACUGUUACGCACUGGUUAUCGGAUCGAGAGCGGAAAAUUUUCACGUGAAUCGGAACGGGGGCUAUUAUCGAUCACCUCUGUUACACCCGUUUCUUUCUGUUCGUAUUCCGAAACGAUCGUGUUUGGUGAAUCGUGUGGCUGCUUUUAAGGCGUUGGAUAUUCGAAGCAACUGGGCACAAGGAGCGACGCAGUUUGAUCCACAACUUAGCGAGAUCGAAGGAUGUUCCGAUAUUUACGAACUGGAUCUACCGGAUGUGACAUUUCGUCGAGCAAUCACAGUCAGACUUCCCCUACCGCAAUGGUUUAUCAAUCGUAAGUGUCGGAGUCACGAUUGCUGGGAUCAGAACAGUACGACUGCGGUCAGUACGGAAUUCCCGGAUCCCGGUGCUAAUAUUCGUGGAAUGCCUUCGGAUGGAACCCUCGUUGUACCUAGUCGACCGUUGGUUAUUCUAUACCAGAAAAUGCUGGCUCGGGAAGCCAAACGAGUACCAUUACCAGAAGUAUCCAGACAACAUGAAGUGUUCAUGACGUGUAUUGAAUAG